CCCGUCUGAAGUAAAAGCCCUUUCCGCCGGCGGCGAUUGGCUAUGCCCAACGGCAGUGGUAAGCCCUUGUUUUCAGCCUUGCGGAAGGCUUUCAAGGAAAACUUUGCCGAAGAACUUCCGGCCGCCUCCGAGUUGCCAACCCUAAAUAAGCUGCUCAACAAAUCGCACGGCAACCCUCCCGCCUCUCCCAUCUCCUCCUCUGCUCCAACGGAGAGCUCGAAGAGGGUUUUCUCCGGACUAGCUGAUAAGUUCGUUUUACAGCUGAAGAAAGCGUCUGCGAAAAACUCGGUGAAAUCCCUUGUCUCUGCACAGGAAUCAUGCGCCGAAGUAGCGAGGGAGAUUUCUUCUAUUAUUCCCAGUUCUGAUGACCCUGAAUCACUUAAGCUACAGUCCAACUUCGCGGAGUCUUACCAAAAUCAGUAUCUGAAUGGCGUAGAACGGAGGAAGAAGGAAACAUCUAGAUUUAGGAAGCAAAAAGUUAUCCUUAAGAACGUGAAGUCCCGCCAUUUUUUGAAACUUAUGGAAUUAUGUGCGGAGAAGCUGGAUGUUGAAUCUACCCUAGGUUUAUUUGGCAGGGUAGGUAGACAGAUAAGCUUGAAGGAAUACAAGAAAUUGAUAGAACUGUGGAUAGGGAAGGCAAGAAACACUAAUGGUGAAGAUUCCAUAGGCUACCUUCAGAAGGUGUUUCAUCUCUUUGUAUCCAUGAGAGAAAGGGGUUUUCAGAUUUUGGAAGAUAUUUAUGCUCCCGUUUUUGUGUAUAUGAUUGACAUGAGAAUGAAGGAGGAAUUCCUAGUGUUUACUGAAUUUAUUAAAGAUUAUGACCAUAAAUCCUACAGCAAAAUAGGUUACUUUGAGAUGUUAUUCUGGAUUAAGAUAGGUGAUAAAUGCAGAAUUAAGGAACUAUGCUCUUCCAUUGUAGUUGUCAGGGGCGAUGAUGACAAUAAAUUAGCUGAAAGUUAUUUGUUGGCCUUAUGUGAAAAUGAUAUGGAAGAGGAGCUGAUCCAAUUGCUAGAAGUAUUUGAUUUGAGGAGUGUUUCUUCAUUGGAGCUUGCAUCAUGUAUAUUUAAAUCCAUAGGGAGGUUGAAGCUAGAGAAUUUAUUUGAGAAGUUUAUUUUGGCAUUCAAGAAUAGAGUUAUGGCCAAUGCUUUUCAGUACUUUUCUAGAUGAGAUUACUUGAGGCAAAUCCCUUGACGGACAUCAGCUGGCAUUGUCACUGCCAACCAUGGAUGCGUGGAUAAUAGAAACAAAAGAUAAGCGCCAAUCCAGGGAUUUUCUUCCCGUUGCUUUCACUGUCACUCUAUCAAUAAAGUUUAAGCAUGAAAUAAGUUUUUUUAUUUAGGCUUGAUAUGCAAGCUUGACCAAGUUGAUUAAAGUCCUAAUUUUUGAAUAAAAUGAACUUUUUUUAAUAUUAUUCCUAUAUGCUGCAAUUGUAUGGCUCUAUAUUUGUGCUUGGCUGCUGCUUUCUACUAAAGAUCAAUACUUUGAUUGGAUCAAAUGACGAAUUUUACAUCCGAAGUGCAUGUCUAUAAUGUUUAACUGUUAAUUAAUGCGUUUGUGAUAA